AUGGAGCGACUUAUUAGUGCCAUUCGUACUACUCCAUUAAUUGACAACCGCGCGCGUCCAUUACUCAUUCCUUCAUCUAAGACCAAACAUUCCCUAUUAAGCAUUACUACUGAGGCCAAUGGAAAUGCUCUAAAAGCUGCUCGUUCUACUUUGGCACACAUUCAAGCUACAAAUCAACUUGCAGACAUUCUUGGUUGUCCCCCAACUUGGAAUGAUGUCUUGAAAGCCAUUGCAAAAGAGAACGAAAAGCCAGGCUAUGUGUGGAUAAAACAGUGCCUGGAAGGAAUCGAGACAAUCAUCCUUGAUGAUUGUUUGAGUAUGGAAAAUAAAGCUUUCGACUAUUCAUGGCAUGACAACUUAACAAGAAGUAAGUGCAGGAGGAUAGUAAGAAUCGAAGAUUUUGCAGCAGACAUAGUCGAUCGGAACAUCAAUUUGUUCGCUAUCUCUGAAGACAGAUUCUUUAAUUCGGUAGUCGAGGAUCUUCAAAAGGGUAUAAAUGAUGCGCUUUCUGAUACCGAUGUUGUCGGCUUUAUAUCAGCCAUCUGUUAUAGAACAAGGCUUGAUAUCCCUUGGGUUUGUCCUCUCGAACUGGUAAAAUUGACCUUGAUGCAAUGUAUCUGGAAACAACAAGCCGAGGGUCAUAGCCGCUUCAAAGGGUUCGAUUGCCAAAUUUUGAACUCCUGGAUCGUUCACAUAACAGCUGGACUCAUCCAACAAUCCAAAAAUCCCCACAAGAAGCCAAUUCAAUUCCACACUAGUUUGGGCGACGAUGAAAUACCUCUCACUCGCUCUUUGCCAUCACAUCUAGAAGACUUCAUUCGUGAGUAUUCAGAUGUACCAAUCGUUUUAGUACAUUCUUGUUAUCCAUGGACGAAGGAAGCGGGAUACUUAGCUACCGUACACUCAAAUGUCUAUGUUGACAUUGGUGAAGUGUUUCCUUGUGUAAGCCAGGAUGGCAAAGAAGGUGUUAUUCGCGAUCUUCUGGAGCUUUGUCCCACGGAGAAGAUUGUGUGGAGCUCAGAUGGGCAUGAUCUUCCAGAAACUUAUUUACUCGCGCAAAUUCAAUCUCGCGAAGCUUUUGAAAAAGUCCUCGUAGAAUAUGUCAAUAAGAAAGCAUUGACUAUUCAACAAGCUGUUGAAGUCGUUGAAAACAUAUUCUUCAAUACAUCUAAUCAGCUGUAUGCCCUCCAGUCAAAAUUGAGGCCUACGGAAAUACAGGCUGGUGAUCGAUCUCUUGAUGGGUUGGACGGGACUACAAUGGUCAAUGGCGUUAACGUUACCAAAGACGUCUACCACACAAAGGGCAUCAGCACCAUUAAUAAAAUCAAUGGGGUUAACGGAAGAAAUGGAAUCAGCGGAGCCAAUGGGAGCAGCGGGACUAAGAGCACCAGUCAUGCAGAUGUUUCGAAGAAUUCAUCAGACCUGGAAUUAUUUGAAUCCUUCAUGGCACAACACCCGGAAAUUAAAUUUCUGCGUGUACAAUAUGUCGAUUACUGCUCCAUUACUCGACUACGGAUUUUACCAAUCAAACGUGUCCGUAAUCUUCUUUGCGACGAAAAGGUUGAUGUUUCUAUUGGUAUCACUAAUAGUAGUUUAACCCUCACGCCAGUUGAUCAUCGGAUUGAUUCAGUUUCUCCCAGAGGUGUAUCUAGGCUUUUAACUGCAGUCCCCUCUUCUAUGCGAUCCGGUCCAUGUCAUGGGUAUGCUUCGGCACAGGGAGAGCUUCGCAAUUCUGACAAUUCGCCACUUGAUGUAUGCCCGCGAACUAAUCUUCGGAAUAUAGUGAACAGAGCGAAGAAUUACGGUCUUGAAUUUCUUGUCGGCUACGAGAUUGAAGUUAUAUUCAUGAAAGGCACACUUAACGAGGACAAUACCCAAGUUUAUACUCCUCUUCCCGGUGCGGACUCUCAUUGUUGGGGAUCCAAUAAUGCACUCUCUCCUGCUGUCAUAAACCUUAUGGAUGAGAUAGUUGAAAAACUUUCCGAUGCAGGCAUUGAUCUCGAACAAUGGCAUCCAGAAUCAGCAACUGGCCAAUUCGAGUUUGUUCUACCUGCAUGUGCACCCCUCGAGGCUGCAGAUAUACUUUUACAGACUCGAGAGAUCAUUACCGCAGUUGCGCAAACUCAUGGAUGGCGUGCUACACUGCAUCCAAAGCCUCUUCCCUACAAAAUGGGCACGGGAGCCCAUGUCCACCUAUCAAUACCGACGCCAGAAGGAGAGAAGGAACAAACGUAUACUCAUUUCUAUGCGGGGAUAUUGAAACACCUUCGAGCCAUUACGGCUUUCACCUAUGGUAAUCCUGCCAGCUAUGAUCGUAUGCUUGCAGCUGGGGGCUGGGCCGGCAGUACAUGGGUGACUUGGGGUACCCAAAAUCGGGAAACCGCCCUACGUAAGAUCGAAGGAUCGCAUUGGGAGUUGAGAUGUAUGGAUGGCCUUGCCAAUGUCUACUUGGCUUUAGCAGCUAUCAUUGGUGCAGGUGUAGAAGGCGUGGUUUCAAAAGACAAGAUGACAUGGCUUGACUGCGACAUGAACCCUGCUAAAUUGAGCCAAGCAGACAGAGAUGUCUACAACAUCGAAGACAUGCUGCCUUGUACUUUGGAGGAGGCACUUGCCGCUCUCAAAAACGAUCAAGGUAUGUAUAAGAUACUCGGUGAAGCUGUGGUGGUCACAUACAUUGCGAUGAAACAAGGCGAGCUGGAGCUCAUGAAUAGCAUGAAGGAUGAGCAGAGAAGAAACUGGUUGAUUGAGAGAUAUUGA